CAGGGCGUUCAAAGUAUUAGUCAAAUUGAAACCACCUUGUCAGACUGUUGGAACUACUCACUUCUGCAACAUCAGCAGUCGGAAUGAGGAGACGCCGCUUUUAAACGGUACAAACACGGAAAUCGUUGCUCUGCUGAAGAUUACAGAUAAGCUGCAGGCCUUUUUUUUAAGUGUGAUUCAUUCUGUGUGCGUACAAGAGGGAGAAAGAGGAUCAUGUGACUCCACUCAAGAAACAGUGGGUGAGAGUCAUCAGACACUACAGCUUGUGCUCCUUCCACACACCAAAUUGUUUCCAGAGCAGGAAUUCAACGGGGCCGUGCCAGCGUGUUGUUUGCAAGCACUACAGCGGCUCUGCCAGCGUCUACAUCACAGCGCUGAGGCUUUUCAUCAUGGAGGCUUUCAAACGUGGAGCCCGAAGCAGAUGCAUGACUUUUCUAUGGUGCAGUUUGCUACUUGAGUGCAUGGCAUCAAAGGGUGUUUGUAAUAUUUUGAUGUAAUGUGACCGGGCGGGUAAUGUGCGUGGACACAUUGGAGCUCCAAAGUUUGUUUCUGCAAAGCGUCUUCCUUUCGUCGCCAUAGCAACGCGUGAUGCAAUGGAUGCAGACGCCGCCCACGUGGAAGCUCAGUUGCCUAGCAACGCGCAAACCGCUCGGGAGUGAGGUCGCCGCCAAACAAACGCACCUCUGGCCGUCAGAGUUGACGCCACCUGGGCUCUUCCCCGGUUCCACAAUGGCCAAGCCGCCGGCAAACAAAAAGGAGAACACGUCCAGUAAAGUGUCCCUGCAGGACCGACAGGCAGCCUCUUUACUUGUCACUUCCUCUGAGAGCCUAGAAAGCCUGUGGAGAUGCAGAUUCCCCAUUUGGCCUGAGUGGAGUGACGCAGAAGUCAAUAAGGAGAAAUGGGUCUCGAGCAAAGGAGAUGAAAAUGGAAAGACGAGCAAGACCCCCAGUGCUGUAAAUCCACAGCUGUCAUGUUUUGAAGAUCCUGAGGGAAAAAUCCGCCUGCCUGCAUCUUUAAAAGUCCAUUCCUGGAAGCGUCCUGUAGAAUUCCUUGUUAAUAAGGGUCCUGUCAUUGUGCAAAAUCUUGAAGCCUUUGACCUAAUCUCCCCCAAUGAUCAUCUGAUUUGUAGUGAGCUGAUGAGGUGGAUCAUCAGUGAGAUUUAUAUUGUUUGGUCGCUGCAUAAAAGCACGUCCACUGACCAAGAGGGCUGGAAACCUUGGGAGCACAUCUACUCACUGUGUGAGGUGGUGAAAGGUCAUUUGCCACUGUACAAUCACUAUGGGAAAUAUGCAGUCAGGCUCUACUGGAUGGGUUGUUGGAGGAAGAUAAUGGUUGAUGAUUCCAUGCCAUUCGAUGAAGAAAAUAACCUCCUUCUUCCUGCUUCAACCUUUCAGUCGGAGCUGUGGCCAAUGUUGUUGGCUAAGGCUCUCAUUAAAGUGGCCAACACAAAUGUUGUGUUCGAGGACUGUGGGGAGAUAGGAGAGCUCAGCUUUAUCCACAUCCUCACUGGAUGGAUUCCAGAAAUGACUCCUGUGAAACCCAUUCACCUAAGACAAAUCUGGGAUUUCUUACAAGACACCAUUCCCAUUUUCACAUACUCAGAUGAAAGUUUGUCAGAGACAAAUCCUCAAACUGUGGAUACAGCUGCACAAAGAGAGUCACAGAAAAGUUUCCCAGAGGUAGUGGUGUGUGCCGGCUACUAUCAUCAGCCCCAUAACCAUUCACUUGUGUUUAAUCAAAUGAGUCUUUGUUCAGUGUCUCUUCGCCAGUACGGUCUCUUAUUGCCGCACAGCCACAUUGUAUUGUUGACCAGAACACGUUCAUGCCAGCUGGAAGCACCACCCAAAUCACCACCUGUACCGCGAUGGAAACUCAUUCGUCCACGGAAGGAGAUUGUGGUCACGGAUGAGCCGCAGACGCUGCCUUUGUUGAAACCAGAGCAGUGCGUUGAAGUUGCCAGCCCUUUUCUCUCCUACCGUGUCAGCAGCAGCACUGGCUCAAUCCAAGAAAUCCGUGCCAAGUCGGGUACUCAGAAAAAGCAUUCCUAUGGAUUUCCCAUUGUGUCCAUUCCUGAGAGGGAGGAGGCUGAAUGUGAAGAAGGCUUUGAGUCUGAUGGAGCUGUACGCACUACUACCGUUCCAGAAAGCACUGACAAAAUACAGGUUACUGCAGAGGACAGGAGGAAGGACGAUGAUGACAUCUCCAGUGUGAAAAAGGAGCCUGAAACUGAGGAACAUGCAGCUCCCAUUGAACCCGUUCUGCAGGGCACCUGGGUAGAAAUAGACGACUUUGCUAAGUGUUUUCAGACUCUUUUUGUGUUUCAUAAACCUAAGCUCUACCCUCAUCAAAGCCACGCGUCUCAAUUUAAGAGCACCGUCUUGUCCAAAGGUGCAUCAGGUAGCGCUGGAUCCCUCCCUGUGACAUCUGCUGUGGCAAGCAAUGAAUGCUCAGAGGUGAGAGGCACUCACUACCUGUGUGUGGAUAGCCUACAACCUCUUCAGGUCCUCGUCAGCUUUUCGGCACUGCUUCUCUGGGGAGAUGCAGUUGAAGAGAAAAAGGAAAUAUCAUCAGCAUGUAGGUGUGCAGUUCUUCAUGCUCAGCUGCACUCCUGGAAGAGUCUGAGGUCCCACCUGCCUCUUCUUACUAUAAAGACCGCCUCCUCCAAGGCAGCCAUACUUAAAUUACCUCCAGGGCGUCAUGUGUUGUCCUUUCACGCAAAAGCAGCACUGGGCUACCAUAUCCACCUCUGCAGCAAGACGUCUUUCAUAUUUGGGGAAGAAGAUCACAUAAUGUCACAACUUUCCAAGGAAAGCGUCCGUUUUAUUGAACAAGCGUCAUCCAUGUUGAAGGCCCUGUCCAGAGUGGUAACUUCUUUUAGUGACGAGCGGGACCAGCUAUUAGCAAGAAAAGCCCUGGAUAAGACUCACUGUCCCAAAAACAUCAGCAGCACCCUAGAAAAAUGGGAACACAACAAGGUGUUCAACUGUGCUGUUUACCACAUGCUGUGUGAGGCGCUGGGUAGGAGGCUGAAUGCAGAGGAGCGGUUUGCUGUGCUCGCCCUCACAACUGACCCUUCGCCCUUGGCCACUUACCGUGAACAUACCCCAACCUUUAAUGGCGAGUCAGUGCCUCCAGAGAGCUGGAGAGAAAGGAAGCCGACAGACGAGGAGGUCAAGGCAGUCACCACCAUUCAGGCGGGAUUUAGAGGACGCUUAGUGCGAGAGAUUCUUAAAGCCUCGGAACCUGGUACAAAGGAAAACCUCUCUGCAUCUAAGAUCCUUGUCGACAUGUGGCAAAAAGUUGAAUCAGAUGCUGAAAAACAUGCAAUCUUCCUGCUAAGGUAUGUGGUUGAACACUGCGUAGGGAGAGAGGAGCUCUACCCCUGUCAGCAGGAUGAAUGGACCAGAAUCACCUUUGCUGAUUACUCCGUCUCUCUGCAGGACUCGGCCAACUCCUGGGUCUUGGUCUUUAGGGAAGUGUUUAUGGUUCCUAAGGAGAUGUUGUUGGUUACAAACGUCUUCUCCCAAAUCCCCAAUUGCUUGCUACAUGUCAUAAAUAACGAUACGGGGCAGGAAGUGGAAAUGGUCUUUGGCAAACCAGCACCCCACAUCUAUAAACCUAACAUGUUUGGCUAUACCUUUGUAGCAGAAGCAAUCACACCUGAAUCCAUUCCUGUUGGUGCUAAGUGGACGAUGCGCUUAAUUGGCUCUAGGGAACCUCUCCCGAGCCUUUCCCGUGAGACUGCAAACAGUGCCUUCUCAGUGAGAGAAUUUCGGGACUAUUAUAUUCCAAAUGACAAAAGCAUCGUAUGUCGUUACUUCGUUCAAGUGACAACAGAUGUCCUGGGAACAAUUCUGUUUCAGACUUCCAAACCAGAUGUAUUAAUACAUCUGUCCAUUCUAGACCAUGAGGAGGAGGUGGCAGGCAAAACUGGGAGGGGCUGUGUGGCAAUACCUGUUUUUGAAUUCAUGAAUGGAAAAGAUGAGAAGGACCAUGAUCAGGAGACAUUGCCCACCGAGGUGGUGGACGCUUCCCAACAAGGAGCUGGGAUGGACAGUGCAGCUGGGAAAUCGGUCCCCUCCCAGUGUCGGCUUCCCUCAGAGACCGCGGGUCAUAAAUAUAUGGUUCAGGCAGAGGUGCUGCAUAAGAGCUGGGAUUUGGAUGAAUCUCAGUUGGCUUUUGUCUGUAUGCUCAGAGAGCAGGAGAAGAAUGAACUGAGAGUCUACAAGCCCGAGGACCUGAAGAGUCCAUCAAUCGCUGGCAGACUAAGCCACCUUUGGCACAAGUCUGUCACCCCCAAAACCAACCGCAAGAGCGACGGUGACAAGGAGAAGGGGAAACCAGCUGCCUCCUCAAAGUCUGUCUCCAGGCAGGAAAUGAGCCUCGAUGCGAGUAAGCCGCAUUGGACGCUGCGUGUGGUCAUCGACAAGAGCAAGGCAGAGAACAUUGAGGUGAAGAAGGACACAGAGAGAACAGAUCAGAUUAGAGCUGUUAAAAAAGCUUGGGAGCUGGCUGAGCCCGGCCGCUGUGAAAAGGCCUUACAGUCUCGUCUCAAGUUUAUUAACCGAGAUCAACCUCAAGCAAGUGAUGAAACUAUUAAGCACGAUGCUGGUUCUGUUACAGAUUCCUCCAGAGAUGAUUGUAAUGCUUCUCUCAGCCCAUUGAGUCAAAAGGUGACAACUACUUCCUCCUGUCCUCACAUGGACUACACACCCUUCAUCAGAAGCCAAAAGGAUCUUCCAGUCCUGAUGGACUCGCACAUAGAGGAGAUCCAGCAGAGGGAGCGCUUAGAAAAGAUCCAGACCUACCGUCUGGUUCGAGAGAAUAUGCUGGAGCGCCACAAUGAGCUGGAGGUCCGAAGGAAAGAGCUGAUGAGACACCAGCUGAGCACAUAUGAGAACAUGCAGGCAGCCUCGCAGCAGCGCCAUGAAGACUUCCUCAACACUUGCAAGGCAUUUAAUAGCCGUCAGAUGGCGGAGUUGGGACUGAAUGAGAAAGAAGCUCCAGAGGAGACCCAGCAGGCGGUCGGGGGAAAGGCAGCCCCCUCCUCAGCUACCACACGGCAGCCCAACAAAAGUGCCAAGAGUGCUGGCAAGAAGAAAUGAUGGGCAUUGGCACAAACGUCCAGUCUCCGUUUUCCUCUCACACGCUUUUCUACAGCUCAACUGCUUAUUCACUGCAUUGUGGCUUGUAGUGAAUUAACACCUGGUCAAACAAAGGAAUCUGAACCAAAGCUACUGUAGAAGGACUGUUAGUGUAGCUCAUCCUUACAGUAUAUGUACUCUUUGAAGUAGAUUUUUAGUUUGUUCUUGAACUUUACCUGAUGUCUUCUUGUUACCACAGAUCUGUACUUGUAUAAACAGGUCUUCCUUUAGAGUUGAUUCACUUCAGCAUAUUCUGCAGAUUAAGGCAGUUCUUCAUUGUUGUGUGCAUGUAAAUCCAUCAGUGCAUUAAAGAUGUCGAGCCAUC